AUGGAGCACUUCAAGAAGCUCUGCCAUGUUAUACGCCUCCACUACAUGUUGAUCCUUGCCUGUGGUGCCAUUGUCAACAAGAAUGAGUCUCUCGAGGCACUCAGGGAACAGCUGUUACUGUACAAGGUCCCCUUCAUGUUGGGGUUCAUGACUGCCACUCUGAAUGUGCACCUCUGCUCUGAUUUUGUCGGUCACUUUGCAACCCGCGUCAUCAUUGAGCUAGCUGUCCCAAACAUUGUCAUGUUCCGCUAUGAAAGCUUGAUGAGCGAUAGACGUGUGGAUGUCGAGAAGUACGUCUGGCACCAUCCCAAACUUGCACCUGCUGGCCAUCCACUCCUGUACCAGUGCCCUAUCUGCAAAGCUCUGUGCUAUUUGGAGAGCAGGACGGGCCAUAACAAGAGACAUCUUGCAGGCUACCAGUGCAUCAACAAGAUGUGCACCUAUCGGUGCCUCUGGGAGGUCUCAUAUGACCCAACGAAGCUGGAUAAGGAGCAUGGGAAGUGGUUCCGGGAAUUGCAUGAAGGUGAAGAGGUGGCUGAUGAUGAGGAUGAGGAUGAGGAGGAUGUGUACUACCAAUUGUAG